AUGGAAAAUAGCAAAGCACAAAAUACACCAAUGGUAACCAGACAAGUAUCGAAUAGAGAAAAUAGAAAAAGAAAACAGGAAAAAACUGGAAAAAAGACAGAAAAAGUGAUUAAUGCACCAUAUAGAGAGGCAACAGGAAGCUUACUUUAUUUAGCAGGGGUCACAAGGCCAGAUAUUGCUUAUGCAGUAAACUAUUUAGCCGCAAGACAACUAAACCCAACUGAAGAUGAUUGGAAAGAUGUUAAAAGAAUCUUCAGGUACAUUAAAGGAACUUUGGAGGUAGGUAUCACAUACAAGGGGGGAUCAGACAACUUAGAUACAAUGCUAGAUGAAAGUUUCAGAGACUUAGAAGGUUCUAAUUCGAUAGGUGGAUAUCUGAUAAGAUUGUAUGGGCAAAACCACUUCCCAUAG